AUGGCAUUAAACGCUCAAUAUGAAGUUAUCGGAAAGGGUUUCGUACAACAGUAUUAUGCGAUGUUUGACGACCCUGCUCAAAGACCAAAUUUAAUAAAUAUGUAUAAUAGUUUAACAUUUCAAAAAAUAAAUCGGAUAAUAACUGCUAUUGAUUCACAACCAAUGUUUGAUGGUGGCGUGCUUAUUAAUGUUUUAGGAAGGUUGCAGACUGAUGAGGAUCAGCCCCAUGCAUACAUCCAGACAUUUGUCCUGAAGCCAAUUGGCACCAGCUUUUACGUGCAGCAUGACAUCUUCAGACUUGCUCUGCACAACACAGCAGAUGAAGAUCCACCACAUGCCUUCUCACAGAUUUUUGUGUUGAAGCCACUGGGGAAUUCAUUUUUCUGUCAGCAUGACAUCUUCCGACUUGGCAUUCAUGAUAGUGCAUGA